GUCAACACUAGACCAGCCACCUCUCAUCGUUCGGUGUUUCAUACCCAGUUUCACCUUUACGAAUAAAAUUUUAGGAACUGUUCCAAAAGUUUAUUUGUGCACUUUUAUUAUUGUAAGGGCUUGCAUACAAAUAACGGGGCGUACUGUAUAUAAAAUGACUCGGACAGUCAUUCUCGAAAUAUAAAACACUCAGUGCAAAAUUACACUAUCGGCUACAGUUCGUCCCGAGUAAGCAAAUAAUCAAAAUUCUACAAUGAAAGUCACUAUUACUACUCUAAAUGACGAGAUUUUUGUCUUGGAUGUCUCCGAAGACCUGGAGCUGGAGAAUUUCAAGGCAUUCUGCGAGAUUGAAUCCGGUUUUCCUGCGAAAGACAUCACUCUAAAUUUCAACGGCAAGCCGCUUCUGGAUGACAAAAAGUCGUUGAAAGACCACGGCGUGCAUGAUGGAGACGUUAUCGUAUUACUGCAUAUGGUCCAGUCGGCUUCGAAUCUCAAUGUGAAUGAUGCUAACCAAGCAUUACCAACUGGUUUAGCCAAUUUAGACUUCAGCAACAUUCAGGUGCCACCUGAGGCAAGCUCUUCAAUGGCUGCAAGAAAUCCACCUGUGGAAGAGGACCCUCGCAUAAUUAGGGAGAUGUUCCUUGCCAAUCCUGACCAGCUGGCAUUACUUAAACAAAAUAAUCCCCGAUUGGCUGAUGCAUUGCUCAGUGGUAAUCUCGAUACUUUUGCUUCAGUGCUUCGAGAACAAAUAUCUGCUAGGACUGAACGCCAACAACAGCGAAUAAGAAUGAUGAAUUCUGACCCCUUCGACACUGAGGCUCAAAGAAUGAUUGCUGAGGAAAUACGCCAAAAGAAUAUUGAAGCCAAUAUGGAAGCUGCCAUGGAGUACAAUCCGGAAACAUUUGGAACUGUUGUCAUGCUUUACAUCAACUGUCAUGUGAAUGGCUUCCCCGUGAAGGCUUUUAUAGAUUCUGGUGCACAGACGACUAUCAUGUCUGCUGCUUGCGCGGAACGCUGCAACAUCAUGCGACUCGUUGAUACCAGAUGGGCCGGCAUAGCAAAAGGUGUCGGCGUUCAGCGCAUCAUAGGACGUAUCCAUAUGGUGCAAAUGAGAAUUGAAAAAGACUUCCUAACUACUUCAUUCUCAGUAUUGGAAGAACAACCUAUGGAUAUGUUGCUAGGUUUGGACAUGCUCAAAAGACAUCAGUGCAAUAUUGACUUGAAACGGAAUGUCCUUCGUAUAGGGACUACGGGUACGGAGACGCUAUUCUUAUCAGAAUCUGAUCUGCCGGAGUGCGCCAGGCUCUCUGGCUACUCGGAAGAUGAAAUCGUGAACCAAUCGGUGAGGGAUCACGAGGAGCGCCAAGUGAAAGAGGCACUGGAGAAAUCAAAGCAAGACAAUGCUGCUGGGCUAUCUAUCAGGCCAACUACCAGUGGCCAAUCCACUUCCACUGCAACACAAGCUGGUGGCCAGAGAAUUGGACUCGUCGAUCCUAGUCAGACCAUUCUGCCAACUGAUGCUUUUGGCGAAACCGAGGUGGAAGAAAUAGUAGGCUUUGGAUUCACUCGGGAGCAGGCUAUCGUCGAACUGCGACGGUUUAACGGAGAUAAGGCCCAGGCAAUGGUCGCACUAGUUGCAAAGUCACUGAAAUUCUGAUGUUUACUGAAAGCUUUGCGUGAUCGCAUUGCAGGACUAUUUGAUCUGUUGAGUACCCUCGAAGUACCUACAAUCAUGUAGGCGUAUUUGGUGAAGUGAAAUACGAUCAACUACCGUUAAUAUUGUUUGCUGGCAUGAAUGUAGCUUGUUCUAUGGAAACGUUAAUUUUAAUCAUUGUAGUAAUUAUAUUAUAAAAUUGGCCGUAAUAAAUUACUGGCGUUACUCUAUGUGAUUUCGGUGUUUACUGUAGUUCACUUCUUGUAAAGUAAAACUUUACCAAAUGUGAAGGGAAGACUGUUUUAUCGAUAUUAUUUUGACGAUAAGACGGCAAAUUUGGAUCAAAUAGUUCGCGUAAUAUAAGUUUAUAUGUAUCAGCCCGAUUUUUUGUGGCAUAUUACAAUGUCUAUGUAUCCAUAAUUAUACAAUUAUAACCAUUCAUAGUAGAUUAUAAGUGCACCGCUCUGAUUUAUGUAUUGAUUGGAGUUUAAUAAUUACAGGAACAUUUGAUAUUAUAAUUAAUGGACAUGUAGUCAGCAGGUGUGUUUUUGUAUGUUUUAUACUUUUUCUGUUGCUGUGUCUACAUUGGCAGCUUAAUAGACUCGUCUUCUAACGUAUGUAUUCGAAAUUGAAUUCGAAUAGAGUAUUUCUUAAUCAAUAGAUUGAUUUUCCCAUUAUAUCCGGGUGACACAUAGGUUGUUAUUGUAACUUGUAUUUGUAAUAAUAUAAUUCAUAUCAUCUGUGUAUUGUUUAAGUGUAGGAUGUAUUCUUAUGCGUCCUAAUUAAAUGUCAGUAGAAGUAUUAUAUCGUAUAAUCAUAAUAUAAACAUGUUUAUAGACUGAACAAGCCUAUCUUAGCGGAAUAGGGAUAUUUUCGGAGAUUGGCAAUCUGGAAUGGAGGCUCAUGUAGGACUCGCGUAUUUCUUAAUGCUUCAUGGUCCUCAACGACUUGACUUAACACUUUCAGCCUAAAGUAACGUUACAGUUUGUGAAAAACAAUGUUAUACAAAACUCUUUAAAGAUAUUCUUAAUGACGUCCUGGUGGUCUAGUGGUUUAGUACACCGUUUUACGUCUGGUGGUCGCGGGUUCGAUUUCGCGUACGGUUAACAUUUGUAGUCAUAGUCAUCAGAGUAUGAUUGUUUGCAUCUGUCUAGGUGUACCCUGUGUAUAUUGUUUGUGUAUUUACAAAAAAAUAUCUAUGUAUUAAUAUCAGUUGUCGAGUACCCCAUAACACAAGUUGUGCUUACCGUGGGAUUAGAUGUUUGUUUGUUUAUUUAUUCAGAAAGCUCACACCAAUUUUAACACGAACAAGUUACAUCAUACUUGUCUGUAUGUUUUGUCAUGUCUUGAAGAAAAUGUAGUGUUAUGUUUAUUAUUCGAGUUUCUAAUUUUACUUUACGUAUACACCGACUUUUUUUUACUUCCGUGGUAUUCUCGUGUACGUCAGGAUUAUAUUAUUUUGUUUUAACAACAGGUGAUGAAGAAUGUGCAAUUUCUAUAUAAGCAGGUAUAUAAGAAAAAUUCUUCUCAUUCUUCAUAGAAAAAAAAUAUUCUAUGUAUGUUUUUUUUAUUAUUCACAGUUUACAUAAUUUUUUUGGUCCCUUACCCGGUAAAACUUAUAUAGGGGUCGUCUACAGGCAUAUAGUUCUCCCUUAGUUACAAUGUCUAAUUGUAAUAUGUAAAAAUACGGGUAUUCAUUACCCCAUUUACAAUAAUAUCAUUGCAAAAUAAUAAAGAAACAUUUGUUUAAUAGGUACAAUCCGAGAAAAAAGUACAUCAUAUUUUUUUGGUAUCUUGUAAGAUUUUGUUAAUACAAAUAAUUUAUAUAAAAAGAUUUAUAUCUAUUCUAUUUUUAUUAUUGUGAUUGGCUUGUCUUCGUCAUUGCUAUUAAAAAAAUAAUAAUUAAUAGUUUUAAAUGCUGGUAGAAUAUUAAAAUUCUACAAGAUUUAUGAUAUUUAAAAUAGAUUUUGAAUAUUCCUUUAUAUACAUAUUUUAGUUUCAAUUCUUCAAUUUAUAUUAUUUUUUGUUGUAUAGUUAUAUCACUAUAAAAUAAUUAAUUACUCCUAUAAACAGCCACAUAGUAUUAUCCCAAGCCAUCCAUUGAUUUUUCAAUGCAAGUUCAACAACACUUAGUUGUCAAUUAAUUUAACGGACCACGAUAUACCUACCUAUACUAAAUGACAUAUGAAGAUAAUAAUAUUUUUAUUGAAAAUAUAAUUAAUUUUAAUUGGUACUUGAUUAUCUCUUCGAGAUAUUGUGAAUUUAUACAAAUAUUAGGUACUUUUAGACUAUAGCGUCGCUGUUCAGAAUAUUUCUCUAUUUCGGCGCAAAUUUAGUAAUUGGCUGGGUUGAUUUUAAUAAUUUUUUAUUGAGUAGUCAAAACUAAUAUUUAAGUAGCUAAAUUUGAUUAAAUUAUAAUUUAAGAAUGAAGUGACGUAAACUCGAGGUACUUUAUGAUUUUGUAAGCAGGCUCAAAGUUUCCUUCCUGUAUACUAGGUGUAUGCAAUUAUACAUGAUCAACCAUUGAUUGUUAAAUCGUCAAGUCAUAACGAACAAAGAUUCACUUUAGCAUUAAUACUAUUAGCAAUAAUUUAUAAUAUAUAGGUAUUUGCUGGUUGCGAUCUAAAUUAUUACUCUUGCCAUUGUAAUCGUGGGCUAUCUUUGGGUAUAAAAUAUUCUUAAGUAAAUAAAUUUCAUGGACCAUUUUUCGCUAAUGUAUUAAAAUUUAUUUAAGACUAUAUCCUCAUUUUCGAACGACCGCAAGAGAAUUUUGCUAUUUAUACUUAUCGAUAACUUACAUCUGUAAUCCCACAAUGUAUUUUUAUUAAUAAGCAUUCGUUGUUAAGAUAGGUGUUUAUUACCGGAUUAAUACCUAAGUAAUAAUAUAGUUGAUUGUACUCUUAAUGUAUAUUGACUGCAAGGUAAAUUUGCUUUUUUUCAAGCUGUGGCUCUAUGUAAAAUUUAUUAUAUUAUCAUUGUUUUAUGCUAAUGCAUACUUAUUUCUACAACUAUUGUCUUUUGAGAUAACAAUUUGUGUACCUCUGCUUAUAAGAAUUCGGGCAGUAUUACUGGGUUUAUUAUUAAUACAUUCAUAAAGUGUUUACAUAUAUUAAUAUAAAACUUAGAUAAAUUAGAAUUUAUGUUGAUUAUUUUGUAUGUUUUCAUUCUAAAUGAUUAAACGGUUCGAAAUU